CCUGCGCCGCCACGCCAUGCGAGAGCCGGGCCCCCGCUCCCACCCCGCCAUGUCCUCGGCAGGGAAAGCCGGUGGUGCCUCCUCCUGCCUCUCCCCACACUGCUUCGACCUCCUCACCAGGUCCUGCGUCAAGUGCUCCGACUUGUUCAAGGACAACACAACAGAGCCCACCCGCACAGAACCCACCUCUGCCCUGGCGCCCACCCUCUCCUCGGGGGACCUGCACAGUCCCCUCCUCAUCUUCGGGAUCUUGGUGGCAGUGGUGUUCAUCCUGACUCUAUCUGCUCUCUGUGUCUGGAGGAGGAAGAGGAAGGCAGCAGACGAGGAGGCCGAAGCAAACAUGGAUGCUGCAGGCCCCCUACCCAGCCCAGGCUGCCAGGACCCUGCUGUGCUGGAGGGAGAUGCUGGCCUGGCCCUGGCCCCGUGCCUGCAUCUCAAUGGAGGCCUGAAGACGCUGGGGCCACCCGGGAAGGCUGGGACAAAGAGGAGGUCAUGCUGCCAAGGUGAUACUGAUGGCGACAUCGUCCUGCUCUCCACCGUGUACCCCCGGCACGAGGAGUGCAGCCACAGCUUCCCGCUGCCUGCCACCGAGCUGGGGGCCACGGCCCUGGUCACCACCAAAACCACCCAGAACUGUGCCUGA